AUGCUCAACGACACUGAAACUACACUCUAUGCACGUACUUCAUUGUUGUAUCGAGCUAAUGCAAUGUUUCAAAUUUCAAUUUGUGUGCUAACCAUAUUGGUGUCGAUUCAGGCGUUCAACCUUCUCUAUCUUCGAAGUGUAUUCCACAAAUCCACCCGCCAGUUGCUCUUCAUGAGCAUUCUCUAUGCAGAUUUUCACGCGAUCAGCUACGGAUUUUUGCAGUCCUGGUCUCUCUACCGCUCUCUGGUCCAUUCCACGGACCUCUCGCACAUCACAUUCACUGGCUACGAGUGCUUCGCAGUCACCUGGACCGUUGGAGCCGCCAAAAUGCUCAUGAUUUUUAUUCAAGGAGCUCUGACAAUUGAAAGAAUCAUUGACAGGAUAUACACCAUGGUGGCUUCAUCAAAACAUUUCCAAUAUCAGGGAUACAUUUUAAAUGUGUUGGUUGUCAUUUUUGCGUUUAUGAUGAAUACGUACAGCUACUCGGAGGGUCCAACGACGACUUAUAAGCUUCAGUCGUGCUUUAUGCAAAGGGACAUUCCAUUGGAUCGAGUACUAUAUGCCCUUGGCUUCUAUUUCGUGUUAUCACUAUUUUGUCUAAUUGCGAAUAUUCUAAUUAUCAGUAGCUUUCGACGAGCAAAACCGAAAAGUUUCAAUUUGAAAGUUCGCUUCAACAUCCAAGAAGUCAAAAAUUCCUCUUUGGCUGUUUCUAUCAUUUCCGCUGCUCAAUUCGUUGCAAUGUUCAUUUAUGUGUGCUCCAGUUAUGUGCUCAUUUUCGCAAGAUUCGGAAUUUCAGUCGAAUAUUUUCAUAAUAUCAUUUUGUGUGUUUAUACAAUUCCCUAUGCUGGCCAAUUCCUUCCUGUAAGUGUAAUCCUUUGUGUUCAAUGGAUUUCCAAUCAUCGGAAAAUCAAGAUUUUUCAAAUGACAAACGUUAAUAAGAAGGAGACAAUGGAUGCAAGAAUGGCGCAAUUGAGAAAUUCAUGGGACGCUCAGGCUCCGCCCAUUAAAUUGGAUUUCUAA